AUGCGUCGGCUUGAGGCACUCCUGUCUCGUUUCGUUCGAGCUAGCCGUAACGAUCCUCGUCGAUCUUGUUUUGAUCGACCCCAAGAGCUGCCUACUUCUUCGAACGCUUUCACUCCAGAUACUCAUGAACAUGCAGGAACUCAGUCAGGCUUAUCGCCUCAUAAUAAUGCAGCCUCGUCAGGAUCUACUCCAAGCUCGCGGCGCAACGGCUCUUCGACUCCAAGAAGGAAAAGCAACCUAGGUAUCAUCACCGCUGCAUCGCUACCUUUCCGAGCUCAAGUUGGCAGCGAAAUGCUCGAGUUCUCUUCCUCAACGCAAAACUAUCCGCCUUCUGCCCAUUUUGAACGUCUCGUGCGCGAGGGAAGUCUGCAACGAGAUGAGAUCCGCAAUCUUGCUUCAGCAUUGCCUUCACAGCAAGAGACAAGCACGCUGCUCGACAUCUUCUUUCGCGACAUCAAUCCGCUCAUGUUUCCCUUGGACGAAAUGUGGUUUCGAGACGCUGUCAACUCGGCGGUCGAUGUCAUCUGGGCCGAUGCUGAUGUCUCAUAUGCACAAGAUGGUCCCAAUCACCUGUCGGUCAUCUCGCUCCUAUUCUCCGUGCUGGCCCUCACCUUUUCAUCACUGCCGCGCCAGUACGGAAGCGAGGCGAGUGUUGCAGCUGAGGCCGUGCACAUGAGCCAUCAAUCUCGCAAAUGCAACAUGCUUGCCGCCAGUCUACAAUGCCAUGAUCUCUUCAUUGUGUUCUCGCACCUCCUUCUAGCUCGAUUCUCAAUCCUACAGCGUCUGGGCAGGGAAAGCUGGCUUGUACUCGGCUGCGCAGUCCGCGAGGCACAGAUGCUGGGUCUACACCGUCUUGGUGCUGCCCUACCAGAACAUCAACAUGAAAGCACCGAGGCGCAAAUGCGACGCAUAGCUUGGAUGCAUCUGUACUAUGAAGAUCGCAUUUCGAGCCUCAUUGUGGGUCAAGCGCCCUUGAUCCACGACUCUUAUUGCGACACAGAGUCUCCAGCGGCGCCGACAUCGCGAAGAGCCGAUUCAGCCUUACUCGACUUGCCCUCGGUUCUACGCGUACGACACGACCUAAGUGCCAUUGUCAACAAGGUCCUUGACCUGUUCUUCUCUGACCAGCAUGACAUGACAUACCAGGCCAUUCUGCAGCUCGACAACGAACUGAAAGCAUUCAAAGCAGCCUUGCCGAGGCCCUAUCAGAUGGAUGACGAACCCUUACUACAAAGUCUAGCGACCACCAUGACGCCGGGUGGAAUGGCGGGCUCGACCGAUGCACAGCCCGAGUAA